CAAACCACGCUGUCAUCUACCUGCCGCGAGACUUUCCAAUGACCAUUGCAUGAUCUUUGUCGGGAAAUCACGCGUGCGUAAAUAAAACCGUUAGAAAAAUGGACGAAUAUCAGAGCGGAGAGGAGACUGCCUUUAUUGUUGACGAAAUUAGUGGCAUUAUUAAAGAGUCAAUAGAGGCUGCAAUUGGUGGAAAUGCAUAUCAGCCUAGCAGAGUUAGUCAGUGGACAACAAGUGUGGUGGAACUGUGUCUGAGCCAGCUCACUAAGUUGGGAAAACCCUUCAAGUAUAUUGUGACCUCUGUAAUAAUGCAAAAGAAUGGUGCUGGUUUACACACAGCUAGCUCCUGUUACUGGGAUAAUAAUGCUGAUGGAAGCUGCACUGUGAGAUGGGAGAAUAAGACUAUGUUUUGUAUAGUCAGUGUCUUUGGGCUAGGUAUCUGAAACCUAGAAGCUGCCAGAAAUCUUCGUCAAAUUUGUAACUGUGAAACGCUACUCUUACACAGUAUCCUCAGUAAACAUGAACAACAGUUGGCAUAUAUUCCUUUACUGUCCAGUGCAGUAUCUCAGUUCAGUAUUGGGUUUGGUGCAAAGUUCUAUAGAUUUGAUGUAGCAUUGGUUUAAUCUAUACUGCUAAGAAAAGUAAACAAAUAUA